AUCGAAUCCAAGUCGAGUUUAGUCAAAGUUUAGUUGUCUUAUCACUUCGAUAUUCCUUUCGCCUUGACUUCGUUCAGUUUUUUCGUAUUGACGCGGUUACAAAUAGUACUUAACUAUAUUUCUUGUACAAAAUUAAUAAACCUACAUUUUGGAAAAGUAGAGAUUUUUUUUUUCGAAAUGUGUCGCGGAACCGCAAGAGUGCCAAAUAGUGAAAACGAAAUUGGAUUUCCUUUGCAAGUGAAAUAUGUGCCGGCAAUCGAAGGUGCGUUUUCUACAAAAGGAAAUAUGGAAGAAAAUCAAAAUUUAGAGCAGCUAACUCAAACUAUUGAUGUUCUCGCUAUGAUGACAAGUUCGACCAAAGAUGUACUAUUUGGCUUAAGCGAUUAUUUUGGAAGUUUAAGUGAAACUACGAUAUAUAAAAUAUUGCGCCGUACAACUCAGCCAGCCCAUCUCGUCACAUCCGUAGCGGUUCUUUGCAUAGCUUUCCUGUGCUUUCCAACUCAGUCAGCUGUAGCUACAUUAUCUCCUCUAUGGACCCUUUUGUAUUUGGGUUGUUUUAGUGCGCACUUCGGCGCCCAAAUCUGGAUGACCUUUGUUUCUGGAUUAGCUUUAUAUUUCAGCUUGCCGAGGCACAAUUUUGGCAGUGUGCAGCAAGUACUUUUCCCUAAGUACUUCUGCUUAAAUUCCUUCCUGAGCCUCAUCACCCUAGCUAUCUUCUUGAGAGUUAAGAAUGGUCAGCUUGGGACUGUGGAAAAUGGAGUUCAGGCGUUUGCAAUGUCGUUUUGCUUUCUUACUGAACUUGUCAUAUUUCUUUACUUGACUCCUCCCCUACUUGCUUUGAUCGCCAUUAAAACUGAAAUUGAAAAAGAAGCAGGAGUUGGGCUUGAAAUUGGAAAACUGGAACCCGGAAAACUUCUCAAAUGUCCACACUAUGUGAAAAUCCACAGAUCUUUCAGAAAGAUUCAUAUGUCGAUAGCAAUGGGCAAUGUUUUAACUAUGGCGUGUACAUCCUUACAUUUAUACUAUCUUUCGUGUAAACUGUGUACUCUUACCUUGUAAAAAAUAUUUAUUUAUGCUUAUUUAUUUAUUUUCAAAAAGGCACAUCCUGAAAUAUCAUAAUUUAGAUAGAAUAUUUAUUAACUAGGCUAAGUUUAUGUAGGCGUGUUUUUCAAAUUCAGAAUCAGUAUUAUUUUUGUUAGCUUUUUAUAUGAAAAGACAGACUAAUGAUUGGAAAUAUUUUUUGUAAUAGAAUGAAAAUGAAAAAUAUACUUUAUUAUCAUUAUUUUAUUAAAAUAGCUGAACUAAAUAGGAAAAAAGCUUCUAAACUUCAGAGUUAUCAUGUAAGUUCUACAAACUGAGGCUGAUAAAUUACUGUGGCGACCCCAGAAUUUCGAGUUUCAAAGCGCUGCCAAAGUUACAGAAAAUAUAAGUUCAAUCGAGAGAAGUAAUAAUUUCAAUAGUCAUUUCUAUCAGAGAAGUGCGUAAGUUUCAAGAUAAUUUAAUUUCAAACCAAUAAUCUCCUAACAAUUCAACAUCUGAUUCAGUGAGAAGAAAAUUCCAAAUAGAUAAAAAGAUCUUUGACCUCGGAUCAGUAAGCUAAAAUAUUGACGAGUUUUCUAAAUCCAAAAAUUUAAAUUUCCAAACACAAGCGAUAAGCGACCGGAAGUCAAAGCACCAAAAGUAGAAUCCAAAUUAAAAGACACACGUGCGACAUUUCGAUAAAAGGCAACGACCCAAAAGAUAAAUUCUCCGAGGCCGAUUAAUAAUCGACAGAUUUCAAUUAAAAAAUCAUAAAAAUUAGGUCGCACACGCGCUGGCGAUAACCUUGCCAGCCAGAAACCAACACAUUCUUGUGAAAUUAAUUGUCUAAUAACUGAUAAACAACAUCGCAGGUAUCCCCACCGGAAGUUGGACAAUCCUAAAGCGAUAAAAACUUAAUAAACAAUUCUUAGAAGAUAUCAAGGGGCAAUAAUCUAGGUCGACCAAUAGGAUUGGUUUGUAAAAUGCUAAACGACCGCCCAACAUUAGGUGGGAAAUGAGAAUAUAAAAGAUAGAAAUCGCGCUGACGAGAGAGAGAUAUAUAGAGAAACAAGAAGAGAAGAAUUCAUCAAGUGAUAAGAUAGAAGUUAAUCACUACGAUUUUGGGUGUUCAAUUUUACUUAGAGUUGUUUUCCCAGCCUCGGGUCUAAGAUCAUUUCAAAAUUUGAUCAAUUUUGUAAAGCUGAAGUGAAGCGAAAGUAUUUUAUCAGAAAAAUAAAAUUUUGAUCGUAAAGUUCUGAAAGUAUGAGCGUGCUAUAAACAAGUAAUUGAAUUCUGUGAAGUUGUAUGGACUAAUUGUAAGUACAUGUGACAUUUUUAACUUUUGUAAAUUAAUACGGCUGUUGCAUUUGGUUAAUAUGUGAAGUGGAUUCCAAUGAACAAUGAGACAAUCCAUUGCCAUUAUGAUAAAAAAAAAGAAGGAACAAUUUGUUCGAUUAUUUAGGGGACUACUAGGAAAAAUAAUUUGAGAUAAGGUUAAGGUUGAUAUAAAUAUUUGAUGAUUCAAUGUUCAUUUAACAGUUGAGCAUUAUGGGCUAUGAAUUUUAACAACACAAAUUAUUAACAAUGUUUAAUGAUCAAUAAUGAUUAAAGUACGUGUUGCACUGUAUAAUUAACUGAUUAAUAUAAAUAUGCGAUAACGAUGCUGGGUUGAAUUAAAUGAUUUUUUUUUCUUUCGAAGUAUAAUGAUAUUAAACUGUAAGAAAAGUAGAGGAUUUUCAAAUGCUUUAUUGUAUAAGCUAAUAUUUUCAACAAGAUUUAAUGAUUGACAUUAUAAUGAUUUGGAAGUUGGAUAAUUAUGCUAUUGUUGUUGUAUACUUAAAGACUAAUAAAAGUUGUUGCACUAAGGAACGUCGGCCUGAAGGAAGGCGGCUACAAUUGCCCAAUAUAGUAAUUUUGGUAUCUAUUUAGAAUCUGAUUAAUUUGGUUAGUAAAAAUAAAGAGUAAAUCUUGUAAGUGGCUGGAAGAAAUUGAGUAAAAAUUUUAGAUGUAUACUGUAUAACGAUAUACUGGAUGAAUUAUGAAAAAAAAUUAGUGUAUUUACUGUAUAAUUUUAUAUUGUAAAAUUUGGGUUUUAUUAUUUAAAAUAAAAAUAUAGGUAUAAUACCUAUGUGUGAAUCUUA